UUAUCAUUUGCAGUCGGGCCGUGCGUCUCGCGCUAGUGUGUUAGUGUAAUUUUAUUUUUUUCAUUUUUUAUUAUUUGUUUUAAAAUUUAAUGAUUAUUGAAAGUUUUUCAUUUUUCUCGUUAAUAUCUGUUUCAAAUUGUUUUCUGUUAAGUUUAUAGUGAAGUUGCUUAGGUCCGUGUUAAAGUUAUUAGAAAAUUUCUUAACUGUGUGGCUCCAACAAGAAUUUAUACAUUGUCCCAUGAUAUAAUGAAUCAAUUUGGGUUCAGCGGAUAUGUUUAAAAACUCAAGCCAAAUGCAACAAAGCAUAUAAAAUAAACUCUAUGCUAUUUACACACCAUGUCUUGUGUGCGGGAAUCAUCACCGCAAUCGGAACAUGUGGUCCAGAGACCAGAACCCAAAGUACGUCGAUUUAAUCCACUUAGACGUCUGCGCCGAAUAUUCAGACGUAAAGCUCAGAGUCCUGAGCCCAACGAAGUCAAAUCAUGUGACAAUAUUGUAGAACCACCUGGUUUAGAUACAUCCAGAAGUCGUUCGACUAGUCAGCUGAUUGACGAGCCAUUUGCCAGAAGGCGAAGCUUACACUCCACUAUACUGAGCGUUAGCCACGACAGUGUGUUCAACCCUGAACAACAUUCUGGUCAAUCCGAUUCUGAAUCUGCUGUAUCCGUGCCGCCAUUAGGAUUUCCUCAAGCCAAUAUACAGGCCGAAUUACUAGAAGCGGUAAGAAGGCGAAGAAAAAUUCAAGAUGACGAUGAUAGUUUUGAUAUGGACAAUGAAGAUUUAGGACUCCCACGAAGUCCAUCAAUGCAUUCUCCUACUAUUGCCACUGGCAACGAUCUCCGAUUGAGCAAAGAGCUGAUUACUAAAUCUUCACAUAGUACAUGCAGUGAUGGAUCACUCCUUAGUAUGGGCAGUUCCGAAAUGGACGAAGAUUCUUUUGGAGCACACAAUUCUCGAUAUUCAUCCAAAAUAUCGUUACAUGACAAGCGCACGUCUCAAACUCAUCUUGACAGUUCGGACGGUGACUAUUCGACAAGUGUUCCUCUUAGUCAUGCCGUGGCUAAACACCGAAUGGCGAUCAGACCCAAAAGAAAGCACGGCAACCCUCGCAGCAAAAAACCUCUGUCUGUGACGAAUGCUCUUCCCGCGACGCCUGAAGUGAACGAAGAGCACUCGGGCCGGUCAACUUCGCCCGAAACCAAGCCUCAGACUGCCGACACAGCAGAUGGCACCACUACCAUCAGCACCGUCACCUCAGACACUAAAACCACCACCUCCUCCACCACCACCAACAACAUCUCCUCCAACACCACCACUACUACAAACGACACAGUCAUCACUACUGUGGUGCCUGUCGUUGUCACCGACACAGCUUGCACCGCCACUGGCUCGACGGUCGGGUCCUGUGAUUUGGACACUUCGGUGGACGAGAUUUCUGUGGAAAACGUUCCACGGCGCGAAGAGGGCUUUUUCCACCGCUUGUUGUCGCGUCGAAGCACCAAGAAGAAAGCCGCUGCCACCAAGUCCGCGUCCACCGAAGACGUGGACGUGGACCGGUUCCUGUUCGACGAGUCGACGGGCGCGAGGCCACGGCAACGUGAAGAACCGCCGCCGGCCGGCCGCAUGCAGCUGUCGUAUCCACCCGACAUGCCACCCGACCACGGUCCACUGCACCAUCGCGUCCCCGUGUCGUCAGUGGCCCCCGCCGAGGACGUUUUCGAGCCAGAUACGUUCGCGCCGAUCAAACAGUCGUUCAGUCUCGGACAGCAUCACACUCACCAGACGGCCGCAACAGACGACGACGCCACGUCCAGUGGCGACGGGUCGUCCGUCCAGAAAUCAUCAUCGUCGGACAGCGUGUCCAGCGCCGUCCUGGACGAGUUGGUCGAUUCGGCGGUUGCAGUGUCGAUGACCACCGACGAACGGCAUCGGAGUUAUAGUUCCAGCGACUCGGAACACCAAGUCUGCGGUACCGACGGUAGUCUACAACACUUGCGCCCAAUACCCGCUCCGCGUCCAUCCAAACUCUACAACGGCGGAGGCGGCACCGCGGCCGACGUGGUGGUGCGGAGGAAAAAGCGUGACGACCAACAGCAACCCGAACUGCUGAAGGUGUUCGCCCGGCGGUCGCUGAAGUUGGGCAAAGAAGGCGAGCCGGAAUUUUUGUUGUUGUCGGCCGACAUCGACCGCGGUGACGACGGUGAUGGCGACAAUAAGGAGAUAACAGCAAACGGCGAGUGGCCCGUGGAACAACAGGUCGCGGUGGCGUCCGAGGACCGCGUGGUCGUGGUCGUGGUGGACAACGAUAACCGUCACGCCGAGCACGUGGUGGUAGACGUCAACGAGAACCAGACAGUUGCGGCGGCGGCGGCGGUCGAAGUCGUGCCCAGGUUCAAGCGCAUACAGCAGCGCCGGGAGGAGUGGGAAAAACGUCUGUUGCAGCAACAGCGGAACUGAGCAAGAAACCAACUUACGUACUCGUCCUCUUUUUUCUCAUCAAUUCCACCUCAACCCUUUCCGGCUGUUGUUAUUAUAUAUUUCACCUUCCCCCGACUGGUGGGGCGAUUAACUAUUUUGGAGCACCCCGACAAAUUAGUGUAAUCGCUUUUUACAGUUUAAUAUUUAUUCCUUUUCUAUAUAGAACGGUGCUAGAUGAUGGUUGUUCACUUUUUACUUGAGUAGCCUUGAACGAGA